AUGCGGCUGGGCCGCCGGGGCCUCGGGGUGCUCGUCCUGCUGUUCGCCUGCGCCUCGCUCGGGCUCCUGUACGUCAGCACCCGGGGCGCGCAGGGUCUCCCGGCCCCGCUGGCGCUGUGGGCGCCGCUGCGGACCCCCGCCAGGCCGGAGCUGCCGGCCCUGGCCCCCGAGCCCCGCUACGCGCACAUCCCCGUCAGGAUCAAGGAGCAGGUGGUGGGGCUGCUGGCGUGGAACAACUGCAGCUGCGAGCCGGCUGGGGGGGGUCUUCACCUCCCCUUCCAGCGGCAGGUCCGAGCCAUAGACCUCACCAAGGCCUUUGACCCUGAGGAGCUGAGGGCUGCCUCUGCCUCCCGGGAGCAGGAGUUCCAGGCCUUCCUCGCAAGGAGCCAAUCUGCCACUGACCAGCUGCUCAUAGCCCCUGCCAACUCCCCCCUCCAGUACCCCCUGCAAGGCGUGGAGGUCCCGCCACUCAGGAGCAUCCUGGUGCCAGGGCUGAGCCUGCAGGCAGCGUCUGGCCAGGACACAUACCAGGUGAACCUGAGCGCCUCCUUGGGCACCUGGGAUGUGGCAGGGGAAGUGGCUGGAGUGACUGUCACUGGAGAGGGGCAGCCAGAUCUCACCCUCACCAGCCCGGGGCUGGACCACCUCAAUCGGCAGUUACAACUGGUCACUUACAGCAGCCGAAGCUACCAGGCAAAUACAGCAGACACAGUCCGGUUCGCCACCGAGGGACACUUGGCCGUGUUCACCAUCCGCGUCAGACACCCCCCCAACCCUCGGCUCUACCCGCCCGGGGCUCCGCCCGCGGGAGCCCAGUACGACAUCAGCGCCCUGGUCACCGUGGCCACGAAGACCUUCCUGCGCUACAGCCGGCUGCGCGCGCUCAUCGCCAGCAUCCGCCGCUUCUACCCCACGGUCACGGUCAUCGUGGCCGACGACAGCGCUGAGCCCGAGCGCGUCAGCGGCCCCUACAUCGAGCACUAUCUCAUGCCUUUCGGCAAGGGCUGGUUCGCGGGCCGGAACCUCGCCGUGUCCCAGGUGACCACCAAGUACGUGCUGUGGGUGGACGACGACUUCGUGUUCACCGCGCGGACGCGGCUGGAGAAGCUGGUGGACGUGCUGGAGCGGACGCCGCUGGACCUGGUGGGCGGCGCGGUGCGCGAGAUCUCGGGCUUCGCCACCACCUACCGGCACCUGCUGAGCGUGGAGCCCGGCGCGCCCGGCCGCGGGAGCUGCUUCCGCCAGCGGCGCGGCUUCCACCACGAGCUGCCGGGCUUCCCGGGCUGCGUGGUCGCGGACGGCGUGGUCAACUUCUUCCUGGCGCGCACCGACAAGGUGCGCGAGGUCGGCUUCGACCCGCGCCUCAGCCGCGUGGCGCACCUGGAAUUCUUCCUGGACGGGCUUGGCUCCCUCCGGGUGGGGUCCUGCUCGGACGUCGUGGUGGACCACGCAUCCAAGCUGAAGCUGCCUUGGACGUCAAGGGACGCCAGUGCGGAGACCUACGCCCGGUACCGGUACCCCGGGACACUGGACGGGAGUCUGCUGGCCAAACACCGCCUGCUCUUCUUCAAGCACCGGCUGCAGUGCAUGACCGCAGAGUGACGCCACUCAGCCUCCCGCCGCCGGGCUGGACCUGCCUCCCUGUCCCCCCGGGGCUUCCCACCACCCCUGCCACCCAGGGACCCUCUGCGCCCUGUCCCGGACGCCUCCCCUUCUCAUCCUCUUCAGAGCCUGACCCCAAACAGGGCUUGUCCUGGUGACACCCCUCCUUCUGCCAGUGCCCAGGGGUGUGACGUAGCCAUAACUGUCCCACAGCCAGUGCCAAGUCCUCCCCGCAGCACCCCUCCUCAAGGGGCAGGGAGUGGGGGUCCCUUUCCAAGUGCCAAAGAGCCCAGGGGGACUCUAAGAACACUCGUCCUCUCUUCUCCUUGGACUGAGGGGGUAGGAGCCCCCAAUAUGUAUUUCCAGGGCUGUGCCCCCUCCCCCGUCUCUGGAGCCAAGACUCCGCACCGGGUCCACUGCCCACCCCAGGGAGAGAACUGGGGACUCUGCAGGGGGGUCGGGGUGAACACACGGGUGAAAGACAUUUUUAGUUGUGUCUCUGCAAUGCUGUGGGCAUGGAGGAAGGGGCGCCAGGGGGUCCAUGCGCAGACACCCAGGCUCACUUCAUGCACCCCAGCGGCUCUCAGCUUCAUUUUAUUAGUCACACUAAGUAAGCGGGCUCCGGGGCGCGGCCCCCCUCACGCACGCGUCCUGUGCCCUUCACACUCCAAGUGACCAGGUCAGACCCACACUGUGCAAGUCUUUGGGCCAGUGAGCUCCUGAGGAGGGAGGGGACAUGUCAGGGAUAGACCAGGUGCCCCCUCUGUGCCCCAAGAUCAGGGAUAGACCGGGUGCCCCCUCCGUGCCCCAAGAUUUAGCUGUUCUCUGAGGGGCACCCCCCUCCCCGGGGGGCUGGGUUCUUUGUUCUCCGCUCUGGCGGAGCCCAGGCUCCCUGACCAAGUCUUCAAUCCGCUCAUCAUGUCCUCCCGGCCCUUGCUCCUCAGCCCCCUUCCCAGGCCCCUCUCCUGGAUCUUCCCACGACCCCGCCCGCGGCACAGUCCCACUUGCCCCCCCCCCUUACCAGCGUGUCCAGGGCGUGAGCAGCUGCGUCCUGCACGCUCACAAACAGCUGUUCUGGGGUCACUCUGUUCAGCAGUCCCGCCUGGGUCAGGGUGCCCAGCACCGAGGCUGUGCGGAGAGGUCAGCUUCAGGUCCCAGGUCCGC